AUGUGCUUCCUGCCCUGUUGUGCCGCCGGCGCUGUAGGCGCAGCCUACGCUGCCAACAAGGCCUCCAACGCCCUGGACAAGGCCUUUGCCCCCAAGCCGGAGCCCACGGAGGCAGCCUUCGUCACCGAGCUGAAGCUCUUCUCGGGUAUCACCUCCCCUCCCCAGGAUCAGGAGAUCACCAAGGGGUUUGAACGCAAGGCGCGCCCCGUCAGCAAGAAGGAGGCCGAGAGCAAGGCCCGACUCCAGCGCCUGAUCGAGGAGAACAAGGGGGGCGGUCGGCGGCGCCCCGGCUGGAGUGCGCGGUCCGCUGAGGGGUCCGAGGGGACGGGCGCCUCCCACCACGACUCCGACGCCGCAGAGGCAGAGGGCGGCGGGGCGGGGGGGGAGGAGCUGGAGGAUGAGGACGUGGAGCGAGACGUCAACAUGAAGGUGGAGCGGCCCCUGACGGCAGCAGAGGUGGCAGCCGGCCUGAGGACGGUGCAGGGCAUGUGGGAGAUGGCAGCAGUCCUGGACUUCCUCACGCUCUUCAAGCCCCAGCUGCGGCUGUCGCGGGAGCUGGGCGCCGACGAACUGGAGCACGUGCUGGUGACCAGCGCGGGCGACGGCGGCCUGCUGGCCGACCUGCACGCCGACCUCCUGCGCGGCAUCUCACCCAAGUCGGUGAUCGAUCCCGGCAACUGGGUGGUGCACCUGGCCAACAAGAUCAAGUUCCACUGGAAGGGCGCUCCAGGUGGCGAGCCCUGCCCCUUUCGGCCGGAAAAGUACUUUGAGGCCGUGACCUAUGCCGGCUUGCCCGUGGAGCAGAGGGUCAAGGCCCUCCACUUUGUGUGCUGUGUGCGACUGGAUCGGGAGGACUGCCAGGCCCGGAUCGAGGAGGCCUUGCGGCCGCGCACGCGCAAGGAGCUGGCGGCCAUCGAGGCGGCGAAGGAGGCCGCGGCUGCCGCCCGGCCGACGCGUGGCAGCAGGGCGGCGGCGGCCGCCUUCCAGCCGCCAGAGGACGUGGACAGCUUCCGGCGGGAGGCCAUCGGGGCGGAGGCCUCCGGUAUCUCCUACUACUACCUCACGGGGGAGAUGGGCUCGCGCCUCUUUCGAGACAUACCGGCGGAGCUGGCGCGGCGGCAGGGCCCCGGCGGCGCAGACAGGGGCCAGGGGUCGGGGGAGGAGGAGAGCGGCCCCGAGGCCGAUUUCGCCGAGCGCAAGGGGGGGAAGAAGCGGCGGGGGCGGGCGGCCGCGUACGUUGUGCCGCCUGCGCCAGCGCCGGGGGCGUGGGAGCUGCUGGCCACCACCGUGCCGCAGAUGGAGUCGAUCGGCGAGCGGCUGCAUCGGAGCAUGAAGCCGCAGGACAAGGCCGUGGGCCGAGUAAUUCUCGAGGAUCUGGUCCCGCGGCUGCAGGAGCGCCAGGCCGCGGAGGCCAAGCGCCUGAAGGCCACCGAGCGAGUGGCGCGGCGGCUGGGCGAGCCGUCGCUGUACGGCGACGAGCCGGGGGGCAGGUCGCGGCGCGAGCGCCGCGCCGUCAACUAUGCCUUCACCGACUACGACGACAUGCUGCGCUCCGCGAUCCGGCGCAGCCAGCGCAGCGGCGAGACCGGCGACGAGUUCCUGGAGGAGGGUCGGCGCGGCAAGCGGGGGGCGUCCCCUGUCCGCCUGGACCCCGCCGUUGAGGCGCAGAUGGGCCUGAGGCGGGGGCGCUCCGUCGCCGGCCACCACUCCGGGGCCGAGGAGGUGCCAGAGAUCAACGAGCGUGCGCUGCGACAGGCUGCGGCCGCGCAGAAGGCUGAAGAGGAGGCCGCAGCUAUAAGGGCGGCCGAGCAGGCCGCAGAGGAGGCGGCAAGGGCAGAGGAGGAGGCCGCCAGGGCGGCAGAAGAGGCGGCGGCGCGGGCGGUCGAGGAGGCGGCGCGGGCGGCGGAGGAAGCGGCGGCCCGCGCCAAGGCAGAGGCCGCAGCGCGGGCCGCCGCCGAGCGCGCCAGGGCGGAGAAGCGGAAGAGGGAGGCGGCGCGGCGGGAGGAGCGUGAGCGAGCGGCCGCCCAGGGUCCCCCCGCGCCCUUCCAGGUCGAGCGGCCGGCGCCGCUGCGGGUGCGCCUGCCCGUGCCCGCCCAUCUGCGAGACAGCGCACACCCCGCGGCGUACGAGCCCGCUGCCACAGAGCAGUACCCCGGAGUGUGGGGAGGGGGCCCCGCCCCUUGGCAGAGCGCCGGGCACGGACCUGCGCAGCCUUAUGCGUCUCCGCAGCAGUACGCGUCCGCGCAGCAGUACGCCCCCGCCCCGGUGCAGUACGACCCGCAGCGAUACCUGGGCAUGGCGCAGGCCAUCGCGGCCGCCGGCGCCGCAGAGCAGCGGCAUGCUUUCCAGCCCCUGGCCUGGGCCCCCGAUGCGCAGGUGCCCCAGCCGGCCCCGCAGCAGGCCGCCGCGGUCCCGGGCCAGGGUGCUGCCGCACAGCAUGCACAGCAUGCCGCACACGGCCCUUCGUACGCGUGGCCGGGGCCCCCGCCGCAGCAGCGCUAG